AUGGCUAAAAAAUGGAAUGGUUAUCUUUGGACUAAAGCUAAGCAGGUUCUUAAAGAAAAUAUUAAAAAGGGAUGUACUUUGGAUGUUAAACAAUCCAGAGAUAUAAUAUUUGAAGUGCAAUCACAUAGAACUACACAUGUUGAUUUGGAGAAGAAAACAUGUCCUUGCCGAGCUUGGGACGUAAUACGUAUUCCGUGUAAGCAUGCUUGUGCAGUUAUUAUUUAUAUGAAGAAAGAUGUAUACCAAUAUCGUGAUUGGUUUAUGUCCGUAGAAGCAUUUAAAAAGAGCUAUGACCAAGUCCUUUUUUCCAUUUCAGAUUAUGAGGAGCAAAGUGUGCCAAGAGAUGAAAUCGAUAUAUUGCCACCAAUUACUACUAAAAGAAAGGGAAGAAAUAGAACUAGAAGUAUAAACAACAGAGCCAUUUACAAAUGUGUAGUGAAAUGUUCUCGAUACAAAGCUGAGGGUCACAAUCGAGCUACUUGCAAUGAGCCAAUUGGUGAUUAG